ACUCUGUGCUAGCAAACAGUUAUAAAGUGCUGGUAUCCUUUCCCCUUGCCAUUGAAAUUGCUGUCAAAAAAGCCAGGGAGCAUUUUCACCCCACUAUGGCAGGGUAUGAUAUCUGGUCAGUCCUUUGGAAAGGGAACUUGGGAACUUGCCUUUUACUCACAUGUUCUUGUAUUGAGGUUUGAGCCCCCUUGGGCAGGUGUCAGUGCCGGGUCAUUUAUGAGGUUAUUUUGAUUUUUCUUUGCUUUUAUUUCAGAAGCUAGAGCUGCAAAGAGGUGGGAGGAAUGAAUCAAGUUACGCAACUGUGAACAACCCUGUCCUGUGGAUGCCGGAGUUCCAGGGCCAGGCCAAUCUGCAUGUGUUCGAGGACUGGUGUGGCAGCUCCACUGAGCAGCUCAGGAAGAACCUCCACUUCCCUCUGUUCCCCCACACACGAACUAGACUGAAGAAGCUGGCUGUGUCCCCAAAAUGGACCAACUAUGGUCUCCGGAUAUUUGGCUAUCUGCAUCCUUUCACCGAUGGGGAGUUUCAGUUUGCCAUUGCUGCGGAUGACAAUGCUGAGUUCUGGCUGAGUUCAGAUGAAAAGACCUCUGGUCUCCAGCUGCUGGCCAGUGUAGGCAAGACAGGGAAGGAGUGGACUGCGCCAGGGGAGUUCGGGAAAUUUCAGAGCCAGCAGUCAAAGAUGGUGAGGUUGUCAGCUGCAGGCAGGUACUAUUUUGAGGUGCUGCACAAGCAGGAUGACAGAGGAACAGACCAUGUGGAAGUAGCAUGGAGACUGAAUGACCCAGAAGCGAAAUUCAAAGUCAUCGACUCCCAAUACCUCUCCCUUUUUGCUAAUGAGACGCUUUUAAAGAUGGAUGAGGUUGGGCACAUCCCGCAGACGUUGGCCAGUCACACAAGGCGGCCCACUGACAGUGCAGGCAGCAAGGCACACCCAGCUGACAUGUUGAAGCCUGACCCCCGGGACACUCUGUAUGAAGUGCCUCUGCUCAGCAAGUCUCGUGUGCGCCGAGCUUUGCCAGACUGCCCAUACAAGCCCAGCUACCUGGUGAAUGGAUUUCCUCUGCAGCGCUACCAGGGACUCCAGUUUGUUCAUUUGUCCUUUGUUUACCCAAAUGAUUACAGCCGCCUAAGCCACAUGGAGAAAGAUAACAAAUGCUUCUAUCAGGAAAACCCUUAUUACUUGGAAAGAUUCGGAUUCUAUAAGUACAUGAAAAUGGAUCGGCCAGAGAAGAGCCUGGACUCUGGAGAGAAGACAGAGCAGCCAGGCUCCCAGGAGGGGAACCUGGAUGACGCGCAGUAUGCGGAGCAGGAUGUGGAGAGUACCAGUGCCCCCGAGCUCCCCAGCACAGGGAGAGCAGAGCUGGCAGGCAACGUUCCCAGCAGCGUGGUGGGCAGUGAUAACGUUCACGAGGACUAUUCCCUUCGGGAGCACCGUCGGCUCCUCUCGGUAGUGGGUGGUGACACAGGAGGGGGGCCUCAGAGGAGAAGGACAAAGAGGUCUGGUGUCAAAUCAGCCACGGUGGCCUCUGCCAACCAAAGCCUCAGCCAGGCUGGCUUAGAAGGGAACCCAGUAAUGAAGAGGCCCCGUCUAAAAGCUGGUGUCAAAGACAACUCCAAGAGCCCUCCGCAGCACGCCAGGGCUGUCCAGGGGGGAGCAGCUGUCAAAAAGGCAGACCCUCCUUCUAGGACUGUGUCUCAAAGACAGCAGCCUCUCGGCAUCCUCAGGGACUCAGGGGUCAUGAUUCCCAAAGGACUGAGACCUCGAGGAGACCUCAGCACCACUAAGGGUGGACUGCAGCCAGCAGGCUCUGUGCCAGCCGGGAAGGGAGGCCCAGUCUCUGGCAAAGCUGGCAGACAUGCUGUGAGCUCUGCCAGCCCCAGCCAGCAGCCUGGGCUGACACAGUGGCUGAACCAAGUGGAGUCCUACAUUGCUGAGCAGAAGGCAGCCAAUGGUGGGGACAUGGCUGAGGGAGAAGCACAGGUGGCAUCUCCUGUGAAGAGCAAGUCUGAACCUGUGGCAGCAGAAGAGGAAGAGGAAGAGGUGGAUGGGGAGCCAGAGGAGGAAGAUGAGGAGGAUUUUGAUUACGUACCAGUGUUUGACCAGGCGGUGAACUGGGAGCAGACCUUCAGCACAAGCAACCUGGACUUCCAUAUGCUGCGCACAGACUGGAUUGACCUGAAAUGCAACACAUCAGGAAACUUGCUGCUAAAAGAAGGGGAGGCCCUGGAAGUCACACGUGUCUUCCUGAAGAAGCUCAACCAGAGGACUAAAGGGCGGUUCCAGCUGCAGCGUAUUGUGAACGUGGAGAAGCGCCAGGACCGCAUGCGGGGCAGCCGCUACCUGCUGGAGAUGGAGCUGCUGGAGCAGCAAGGGCAGCUCGUCCGCUUCAGCGAGUACGUCUUUGCACGGGGCUGGCAGGGCAUUGGUGGCGAUGAGGAGGAGGAGAGGAAGAUGAGGAACCUGGCGUGGGGUCGCCGGCGGCACCUGAUGGCUGUGGAGAACGAGCCAGAGCUGUGCUGGCCACAGGGCUUUUCCUGGAACCACCGUGCCGUGGUUCACUUCGUGGUGCCAGUGAAAAACCAGGCACGUUGGGUGCUGCAGUUCAUCUCCGAUAUGGAAGAGUUGUUCCGAGUCACUAAAGAUCCAUACUUCAAUGUCAUCAUCACAGACUACAGCAGUGAUGACAUGGAUGUAGAGAAGGCUCUGAAACGGUCUACCUUGCGCAGCUAUCGGUACUUGAAGCUCACAGGGAAUUUCGAGCGUUCUGCUGGGCUGCAGGCGGGCAUAGACCUCGUGACGGACCCACACAGCAUCGUUUUCCUGUGCGACCUCCACAUCCACUUCCCAGCUGGAGUCAUUGAUUCCAUCCGGAAGCACUGUGUGGAAGGCAAGAUGGCUUUCGCACCCAUGGUGAUGAGGCUGCACUGCGGCAUGUCCCCACAGUGGCCUGAUGGCUACUGGGAGGUGAAUGGGUUUGGUCUCCUGGGCAUAUACAAGUCUGACCUGGACAAGAUUGGAGGCAUGAACACAAAAGAGUUUCGGGACCGCUGGGGAGGAGAGGACUGGGAACUCCUGGACAGGAUCUUGCAGGCCGGGCUGGAAGUGGAGCGUCUCUCCCUGAGAAACUUCUUCCACUGGUUUCACUCAAAGCGGGGCAUGUGGAACCGGCGCCAGCUGAAGACACUGUAGCCUUCAACACCAAAGCUGCUCUGCAGCACCGUCCACCGUCUCGUCUCGAUGUGCACUAUAUCGAGGCACACAGCCGAGCACACAAACUCUUCCUCUGCCUCCAGAGCCCUCUGACGGGACGACACAGCCGAGGAAGGGAUGGUCAGGCUGGGGGAGCGGGAGCUUCUGUUGUGAGCCGUUGUAUCCAAGACGUGGGAUCUGUGUCUUGCAGGGGGAAGUUGUGUGGGGGAGAUGUUGACAAGUGAAGGACUCGUAUUUCCUAACAUGCGGUCUGGUGGAUGGUACAGUGGGAGAGGUGCCAUAUUUCCCAUUGAGUCUUGCAUAGUGCAAAUCAAGCAGACACAAAUCCCAUCUAAGCCCAGAAUAGUUUAUUUAGAGUAACGCAGCUUAUCUUUCAAUACUUGAAUGGAAAAAAGAAAAAACAACAACCCUCCCAUUUUCCCUCCUUCCCCAUCUCUCUGGUAUCCCUGUUUUUGGACAGGGGACCAAAGGAAGUUCUCUGAACUGUAUUGUGUCCACAUGUCCGUAUGCUGACCCAAGGAAAUCUGGAUGUGGAGGAGCUCAUAGGCACUUUAGGCUGCUGGUGCUCAGAUGUUUCUCUCUGCUUUUCACUUUAGUCAUUAUGAAAAACUGUGGUCAUAUUCAGCAAAUUAUGGGCCAUGGGUGGAGAUGCAAGUACACUUCCCUUAUGAGAGCCACGUUUGCCUGCAGCUGGGCAAGGUGGCAGGGAUUGAUGUUACAAGUCUACCUGAAUUAUUGAUCCACUGCCUGAGGAUGAUGGAGGGGUUAUACAGAGAAGCUAGGAGGGCAUCUCAGGAGGAACUUUGCAGCCUUAUCUGACAGACCUGUGUGUUUGUCCUAAUGAUAUCAGGGAAACCCUAGCAGGGAAGAAGUGGCAAUAUUUUAUUAGUUGAAAUAUUGUGAAUUUGUCAGAAAAAGAGGAGACAGAGUAUUCUGCUCUCUAAAUCCUGUACAUUUGUGCAGCAUCUAAAGGUUAAUUUAAUAAGUUAUGGCCUCACAGUUAUGUCUUGUCAUAGUUUGACUUUUAUGUAAAGAGCAGGCUUUGUGAUUGAAGAACCAGUACCGCUGUUGGUGCUUCAUUCUGGAACAGCCCUGGGAGCUCUGGUCCGGUAUGGAGGAGGUGGCCUCAGGCCUUAGCGUGUGCACUGGGUGCAAAGAAAAGCGAGGAGAGAAGAGGAUUGAGUGAAUAAAAGGAGAUGCAGACCCAUGCUGGCAUUUAUCCAAGGACUGUAAAAAAAGCCCUUGUCCACAGCCAGCCUGAUACUACAGGGAAUUCUCAUCCCCUAAAAUUCCUGUAAAUGCAAGGCAAGAUUUUUUACCCCGUAACCGUUUAACAAGACUACAGAAACCCAGAAACCCCAGCGCACUCAUUGCUCUACACUAGAGCUUCAGUGUCCCCAUACCAUGGGGAAAAGGCUGCUACUGGUCGCAAGCUUCAGGGGAGAACAUGACAUAAGAUGUUGCUCAUGGCACCCAGUUCUGCAUGGAGUUGUUGAAAAGUGAGUAAUGGAGGUAUGCAGGAUACCAGCAAUGCUGACAUGGUACUAGAGUUGUUUGCUUUUUACGCUGAUGGAAUGGAUGCCAGAAUAGGCAUUCAUUUGUUGUUUAUUCUGUGGUGCUUGACAAGUCCAUCAAGUUCCACUAUUGCAGUAGAAAACUGAACAUGCAAGUUCUGGCACAUGACAUAGAGAUCUUGUCAAAUCAUCUGCUUGCCUCAGUCCAGGUUUUGUGACUGAUGGAGUUAGAAAAAGUCAACCAGAUUUCAGAAAGAUUUACUGUGCAGUGUACAGCUAUGGUGUGAGCUGUGUCUCUGAGUCCAUGGAACCUUUGCCAGACUGCAGACACCGAGUAUCUCAGAAGAAGCAGUAUUAGCCUUCUGCUCAAGACAGGGCAGUCUUUUUAAUUGAGGGAAAGUGCUUUACUCAUGCAGAGACCAAGAAAUGAAACACUACAGUUGGAGCGAGAGGGAAGAGGCUGACAACAGUCAACACUGCUAUUUUUCUGAACAUGUAUUAUAAGAGUUUAGGAGGCCAAAGCCCUGUGAUGCAAUGUUGCAAAAAGCUCUGUUUGUGCCUGGAAUGUGCAGUGUCAGUCAUGCUCUUGGUGCAUGUCAGAGCCUGUACUUCACUCAGACACAGGCACAACCUCACGAGUGUGCAGGUGAGCUCCUCUCCAGGCUUCAGGACUGUGCUUCCACAGCUUGUCCAGGCUGGCUCUGUCAUGCAAUCACUGUGGAAUGUGGAGAGGCUGGCAGGGAGGGCAAACUCUGGGACGUGGCAAAGCACUAGCAGGACCCAGCUGUUUGGCCCCAUCAGGGAGAGAACAGCAUGAUGCCCAUUUUGGAGAUGAAGACCUGAUGGAUUCGGUGGCAGCUCUUCUGUCAUGCACAUACAGUGUGCUUUCACAUUUGGCUUAGAUGUGGUUCACAGCACCUGAAAUUAGCAGGUGAUGUUCAUCUGCAGACACUGGCAAGAAUUAGGUGCAUCCAGAAGGUAACUCACUUGGCUUAAAUGGUAGGAGUAACCCCUCUUUCUCACCAGAGAAGACAAUCAGGAAAGAGUGGGCUGGAAAGUAGGUGGCGGCCCUCACUCCAGCACUGCCAGCAGAAUUUCAGGAUUUAACCCCCAUGCUUUAGCUGUGACUGUGCUCCUUCCUUCAUUCCUUGUAACCCAGGUCAGUGGCAAGCAGAACUGUUUACCUCGUGAGGACUCCUUGGUGGAGAUGUAGGGAGUUAGCAGGUUUCAGUCCAGUUUUCUGAUGGCCAGUAUCACCACUGUCAAAGUUGCUAUCACAAAUGUUCUUCCCUUUCAAGCGCAGUGGGGAUUCUUAGUUGUUAUUUAAGCAUUGCAGUAGUAAAUGUGAUUAAUACUACUUGACACUAGUUGGCAGCUUCCACGGAGGAGCUUGGAGAAAACCCAUGGGGACAAAAGCUGUCUUCCAGCCCAUGUGCUCAGAGACCACUGUGGAUUGUAGGGAGAGAAGGGGCUACAAGCUCCCCAGUUUGCUGGCCGGCAGCAAAUUUUGCAGCAGCUGUGCCAGGCUUUGCUCUGAAGCUGCUGCCCCUCUUCUAAAACAACCUGCAGCUUUUCAUCCCAAAUAGAGUCAUGAAGAGGGGGAGAGCAGGGAGCGCGGCAGCAGUGGGUAGUCCCACAGCCAUGCACUGAAAGGAUGUGGCCAUGCAGGGCAGUGGCCAGGCCACCUCAGUCCCUGAUCAGAAAGUAGUUUGCCCUAUCACUAGUGUUGCAUGGCAUGCACUGCUGCUGCGAGGAGGGCUCAUUUCUGGGUCUGGCACAGCUCCUGGAGAGCAAGAGGGAACCUGGCUUCACCAUGGCUGGAAGCUGACUCCCCAGCAGUGAUCUCAUUUCUGUCACCAGGAUCCUUUUAAGACGAUGGGCCAUGCUGCAGCAGAGACCUUCCCUGGGGCAGGAUGUGGCCAGGCUGGGGACCCUGGUAUGGCAAGGGACAUCUGCCCACAAAUGCCGACUCUGUCUUUGGGACUAUAAGUUGUGGGGCUGAGGCUUGUUUUUCAGGUCAGCAAAGGGAAAGAAGGGUUGGCUUUUAUUCUGAGAGAAAUGUAUUGUGUGGAAAUUACAAUGUGACUAUUUUUGUCGUUGUCUUUAAUGUUUGCCUGGUAUGAACAUCUAAAAUGUCUCAAGUUGGUUGUUUUUAGAUACCAAUGCCUUGUGUUCAAAAUCUGAAUUGUACCUUUGAAUUAUCUGCCUUAAAGUGGCUCUGUGCCUUCAAGACGACUCCUGGGCCACCUCUCUGUUAGAGCUGGGGGAUAUACUGAUUCUUCCUCAUGUUUCAUAAAUACAUUGUCUUCCUACAAGAGCUCAA